AUGGUCGUCUCGUGGAAGCGCUGGUCGAGAGGAUUUCGGAGACUGUGUGUCCGUGAUGAGAGUCAAAAGGACGCAACGACCACCUCUGCCACCAACGUGUGGACGUUGAGGACGGAUAACUUCUCCAAAGACCAGGAAGAAGAGGACGACAAGCACGAGCAGCCACUUAAGAACGAGAUGACCGGCCAAUCAGUGCCAGCCAAAGUUGGGUCACCCUUUGAGGCCAAUUUAAGGCGCUUCGAGGGCGAGGCGUUAUUCGCUCCCAGCAGUCGUCGCGGCCAGCGUGAGCAUGAAACGCGGCCGCACAAAAAGCCCUUUGAGGCGUCCGCCCUCACUCAGGAGCCCACACCUUGGCGGUCCAGCUGUAGGCCCAGCACUGAGGCGUCUCCAUGGCGACCUCGGGGCCAAGUGCGAAUUACACCCCAUCUCACCCCAUUCCCCGCUCUUCCCCCUCCAGGUAAAAAGGCGCCCUCGGGUUUCCUGGGCAUGCGAGGCAAAAAGAGCGACGAGGUGUUCGCCGGCAACGAGGUGGACAGCGAGCUCGAGAGCCUCCUCAAGCGCGCUCCUUCGGGAUUCCUCGGGAUGCGGGGGAAGAAGGCUCCUUCCGGUUUCCUUGGCAUGCGGGGCAAGAAAGCUCCUUCCGGCUUCCUGGGCAUGAGAGGCAAGAAGAUGUAUGAGGACGAUGAGGCUGAGGUGGAUGCUUAUAUUCAGGCUCUCGCCGCCCUCGUGGAACAGCAGCAGAAGCGCGCCCCGUCGGGAUUCCUCGGGAUGAGGGGCAAGAAAGCGGACUAUGACGAGGACUUCGAGGAGGACAUGGGUAUUCCCGGCCUUGACAAGAGAGCUCCUUCGGGAUUCAUUGGCAUGAGGGGCUGAGAUCUGACGCCUUGGAUUAAAAAGCGCCAUUGAAGACUCUCGACUUCUUGCAAAAAAGAAAGAAAGAAAAACAAAAAAAAGUUUCUAGGAGUCCAUUUCUGUGGGUCUAUUUCCCUUCCUUGCAUUUCCCGUUCGCUCUGAUUUAUUCUUCCUUGUAUCCUUAAAUCUAUUAUGUAAUUCUUAAUUCUUUUGUUUUGUGUUUUUUUUUUCUUUUCUUUCUAUUUCUCUGUCUCUCUCAUCGUCAUCGCUAUCUCGCCGCGUCUU